AUGGCACAAGCACAACCUGAGGAGAAAAUGCAAGAAAAUGAUCACAUGAAACAAACAAACAGUCCCUCUUUCAGAUUCAAUGCCCAGGCACCUGAAUUUGUCCCAAGAUCACUUACUCAGAUGCCUGCGGUCCCAGAUUAUGCCUAUCCUGCAUGCUUCCACUUUCUUGGUGGCUCUGGUGGCUCUGAUUGGAUCUAUGUUGGGGACCAAGAGCCUGCAUAUUUGAUCUCCAACCCCAAUCCCCCGCUGCCAGAUCGCUCCAAAAGCACCUUCUCCGAUGAUCUUCAGCAAAAGAUCAUCAAACAGGUGGAAUAUCAAUUCAGCGACAUGAGUCUGCUUGCAAAUGAUUCUUUUAUGAAACACGUAAAUAAAGAUCCUGAAGGUUAUGUUCCAAUACCUGUCAUUGCUUCCACAAAAAAGAUUAAGUCCCUUGUUAAUAUCAAUAACACUAUAAUAACCCAAGCACUGCGGUCCUCUUCAAGGCUUGUUGUAAGUUCUGAUGGCAAGAAGGUUAGACGUAAACACCCUUUCACUGAGAAAGAAAAAGAGGAUUUGCAGUCUCGUACAGUUGUUGCAGAGAAUUUGCCUGAAGAUCACUCUCAUCAAAACCUUGAGAAAAUAUUUGGUGUGGUCGGAAGCGUGAAAGCAGUUCGGAUAUGUUAUCCCCAAGAAUCCCACUCGUCUCGAUCCAAAGGCGAUUGUUUAGUUAGCAACAAGCUGCAUGCACUUGUGGAAUAUGAGACUGCGGAUAAAGCUGAGAAAGCGGUUGAGAAAUUGAAUGAUGAAAGGAACUGGAGAAUAGGGCUUCGUGUAAGGUCGAUGAUUAGACGCUCGCCAAGAUGUGUUCUAAAGAACAGGAAGUCAGAAUUGGAUGGCAUUUUAGAGGACUCUGAGGCACCACCUCAUGAAUCCAUUGAAGAUUCCUGUCAGCCAAACAACACAGAAUCAGUUGUCGAGGGCAAUGCUGAGGAAAAUUCAUUGGGAUCAAAGAAAGGAUGGGGUCGAGUUCGAGGAAAAUGGAGAGGGCGUGGUCUAAGCCACUGUGGGCGUGGGCUGCUGCUGCCCUCUUCUCCAUUAUUGCAAAUCGGCAUUCUGUGUGAAGCUUCUGCCAACCACCCUUCCAAGAGCCCAAGAAUGCCAGAUGGGACAAGGGGUUUCACCAUGGGAAGAGGAAAGCCAUUGACUAAUAUUCCACCUCAUCAACCUGCUGCUUCACCUUAA